AUGUUAGAAGAUGGAGAUAAGAAUUUUCAAUAUAUAAAUACGCUACCUGGUUAUACCUAUGAUUCUCCUUAUAUACCACAAAACCCCAAUGCCAUUCCCAAUAAUGAUGGCUACAUAUAUUUCAACAUUGAAAAGCCAGUUAGAGGCCGAUUUGAGCAUUCAUUUUUCGAAACUGGUAUUGCAAUACUAGCAGCAAGUGGAUUGGGUGCAUUUCGCGGUUUCGUUCAAGGCAAAGAAGCUGCUCUCAGCCAUCCACCAAAAUUAAGAAGGAUUGUAUUGAUCAACCAUGUAGUAAAGCGUAGUAAGCUCGGGAACAUGGUUGGCGUUUUGGCUACUGUCUAUGCUGCAACAGGAAUCGCUUUGGCUACUCAUAGGAAUAAGGAGGAUGCUGGUAACACUAUCGGGGCAGCUGCAGUGACGGGAUUCGCAUAUAGCAUACCUGGAGGAUUGCAAAAGGCUAUAAUAGGUAGCCUAGUUGGGCUUUGCAUUGGGUCGGUCUUAGCUAUGGCACAAAGCAGUAGAUCUUGGUGA